AUGGCGGACACUGAGGCGGCUAGCGCCAAGCCAAGAAAAUCUGUGGCUUUCAGCGAAGGCACCACCAUCGUUGACAGCAACGGCGAUGUAACUCAAGCCGAGCCGAUUACGAACAAGGAGACCGCCGAGGGACACUCCGCUGACUCCGCGGACAAGGAUGUCGACGCAGUCACCGACAUGUUCAAGGACCUCGCCAAGAAAAAGAAGAAGUCAAAGAAGUCAAAGGACGAUGACAAGGAGGACGCCGGUGACGAGGCCAGCCCCGCUGCUGAUGGCGAGUUUGACCCGACUGCCCUGAAAAAGAAGAAGAAGAAGAAGUCCACCAAGACCGCCGACGCCGACGACUUCGAGGCCAAGCUCGCUCAGGCUGGAGUUGGCGAGAGUGAGGGCGAAGGUGCUGCCGAGGACGGCUCUGUCGACACUGGUGAUAUGGAGAAGGGAACGGGUAUCUGGGCACAUGACGCUACUCAGCCCAUCAACUACAACCUUUUGCUGUCCCGAUUCUUCAGCUUGCUUCACUCGCACCACCCCGACCUUGCUUCGAGCGGUUCCAAGAGCUACAAGAUUCCUCCUCCCCAGUGUCUGCGUGAGGGCAACAAGAAGACCAUUUUUGCCAACAUUCCCGAGAUUUGCAAGCGGAUGAAGCGAAGUGACGAGCACGUUACCCAAUUCUUGUUCGCCGAAUUGGGUACCAGCGGUAGUGUUGACGGUAGCCGACGACUUGUCAUCAAGGGUCGUUUCCAGCAGAAGCAGAUUGAGAACGUCCUGCGACGAUAUAUCGUCGAGUAUGUCACUUGCAAGACGUGCCGUUCCCCCGACACCGAGCUUAACAAGGGAGAAAACCGUCUUUACUUCGUUACUUGCAACUCGUGCGGCAGUCGGCGUAGUGUGUCUGCCAUCAAGACUGGUUUCUCUGCCCAGGUCGGCAAGAGAAGAAGGCAAGUCGCUUAA